CGCCCACCUCGCCGGCCGCCUGGGAUUGGCGGGGCCGCCGCCAGGAGGCGGGGACAGAGCCAGGCCGCUGCUGACGCACUCCGGGCCAGAAAAGCCCCGCCGGGUGGCUGGCGGGAGACGACUGCACGCCGGGCGGUGACGCGGAGGACCGAGGCUCCCGGAAGACGAGGAACCACCCAACAUGGCAUCAGAGAGCGGGAAGCUGUGGGGUGGCCGGUUUGUGGGCACGGUGGACCCCAUCAUGGAGAAGUUCAACUCAUCCAUCACCUAUGACCGGCACCUGUGGGAGGUGGACGUGCAGGGCAGCAAGGCCUACAGCCGGGGCCUGGAGAAGGCGGGCCUCCUCACCAAGGCUGAGGUGGACCAGAUACACCAUGGCCUAGACAAGGUGGCUGAGGAGUGGGCCCAGGACACCUUCAAACUAAACCCCAAUGAUGAGGACAUCCACACGGCCAAUGAGCGGCGUCUGAAGGAGCUCAUCGGAGAAACCGCAGGGAAGCUGCAUACAGGACGAAGUCGAAACGACCAGGUGGUCACAGACCUCAGGUUGUGGAUGCGGCAGAACUGCUGGACGCUCUCUGCCCUCCUCUGGGGGCUCAUCAGAACGAUGGUGGAUCGGGCAGAGGCGGAACGUGACAUCCUCUUCCCAGGGUACACACACCUACAGAGGGCUCAGCCCAUCCGCUGGAGCCAUUGGAUCCUGAGCCAUGCCGUGGCACUGACCAGAGACUCUGAGAGGCUGCUGGAGGUGCAGAAGCGGAUCAACGUCCUGCCCCUGGGGAGGGCCUGCCUGCUGGGAGCCCUGGUCACUCAGAACACAUGUCCCUGCAGCGGGGCCAUUGCAGGCAAUCCUCUGGGUGUGGACCGGGAGCUGCUCCGAGCAGAACUGAACUUUGGGGCUAUCACUCUCAACAGCAUGGAUGCUACCAGUGAGCGAGACUUUGUGGCUGAGUUCCUGUUCUGGGCUUCACUGUGCAUGACCCAUCUUAGCAGGAUGGCUGAGGAUCUCAUCCUCUACAGCACCAAGGAAUUCAGCUUUGUGCAGCUCUCAGAUGCGUACAGCACUGGAAGCAGCCUGAUGCCCCAGAAGAAAAACCCAGAUAGCCUGGAGCUGAUCCGGAGCAAGGCGGGGCGAGUGUUUGGGCGGUGUGCUGGGCUCCUGAUGACACUGAAAGGACUUCCGAGCACCUACAACAAGGACUUACAGGAGGACAAGGAAGCCGUGUUUGAAGUGUCAGACACCAUGAGCGCCGUCCUCCAAGUGGCCACUGGUAUCAUCUCUACACUGCAGAUUCAUCCUGAGAACAUGGCACGGGCUCUUAGUCCUGACAUGCUGGCCACUGACCUUGCCUACUACCUGGUCCGCAAAGGGAUGCCAUUCCGCCAGGCCCACGAGGCCUCUGGCAAAGCCGUGUUCAUGGCUGAGACCAAGGGGGUUGCCCUUAACCAGCUGUCGCUGCAGGAGCUACAGACCAUCAGCCCCCUGUUCUCGGGUGACGUGAGCCACGUUUGGGACUACGGGCACAGCGUUGAGCAGUAUGCUGCCCUGGGUGGCACGGCGCGCUCCAGUGUUGACUGGCAGAUCAGCCAGGUGCGAGCACUGCUGCGGGCACAGCAGGCCUAGAGCCCUCCCCACCACACCCUGAAUAAAGUGGGCCCAAGAGGA